AUGGAUCAGUGGGGGCCAGGCUACCACGACCCUGCCGGCGCGACAAGGCGAUACAAUGACAAUGACCAGAUGGGCCCCAGAGGCUACGCUGCCCAGCCAGCUCAAGCGCCGGCCCAGGCGCCCGCAGGAUUCAAAUACGACCAGUUCCAGGGAGGUCUCAGUUCACAUGCCUCCAGUUCCGCGACCUCCCCCGUCACCACUCCGCAGCUGCGCGACAACAACGGCGACGUCGCCAUGGCCGACGCCAACGAUCCUUAUGCGAGCAUGAGAAUGCCCAUGCGGCCCCACCACUCGACACACGUCUCCAGUGGCAGCCGAUCGUCCACCCUGCACUCCCCGCAGGAAACCUCUGCCGCUGCCCAACGAUACUCGCCCAUGGAGGUGCUGUCCCCAACCUCCCCGUACGCCAAAGCCGGAGGCGGCCAGUUUUCUGCACCCCCGACGACGCGACAGUCUCCGACGCGGUCGGCCGAUUACCACUCGCCCCAGAGUCCGUACUAUCAGAACAGUCGGCAAGCAUCGCAGCAGCUGCCGCCUAUGUCAUCUUUCCCCGCUGGUCUUGAACAAUUCCCCCAGGCCGGUGUCAUGAGCCCAAGGGGAGACACCUGGCCGAAUGAUCCUACAUCUCCCAAACGGAUGCUUUCUAUGUCGUCAGGCCCCGUGGUGAACAAAGGGCCGGUGCCCGAGUUCAAGAAGAUAAGGACAUCGCAAGAUCUCCAACCAAGGGUAAACACGCAGCCAGCCUUCCGGCGAGCGAAUCCAGAAGGCGGGUUUAUUAGUCCCCUUCAAGCCCUGACCGUCCAUCUGCCAGCGACAUACCGGAUAUGCAACCCGAGCUUCAAGUACGAGUCAUCGCGCAACCCGCGGCGAGUCCUGACGAAGCCGAGCAAAGGCUGUAAAAAUGAUGGCUAUGACAAUGAGGACAGUGACUACAUCCUCUAUGUCAAUGAUAUCCUCGGCUCGGAGGAAGCUGGGCACAAGAAUCGGUAUUUGAUAUUGGACGUUUUGGGUCAGGGUACAUUCGGUCAGGUUGUCAAAUGCCAGAAUCUGAAGACCCAGGAGGUUGUCGCUGUGAAGGUCAUCAAAAACCGCACUGCAUACUUCAACCAGAGUAUGAUGGAGGUAUCGGUGCUGGACCUGCUCAACACCAAACUCGACAAGAACGAUGAUCAUCAUUUGCUGAGGUUGAAAGACACCUUUAUACACAAACAGCAUUUGUGCCUGGUCUUCGAGCUCCUCAGUGUCAACCUGUACGAGUUGAUCAAGCAGAACCAGUUCCGCGGUCUUAGCACAACGUUGGUCAGGGUCUUCGCUCAACAACUCCUGAACGGGCUGGCGCUUCUGAAUAAAGCUCGCCUCAUUCACUGUGACCUGAAACCCGAAAACAUUCUCCUGAAAAAUCUCGAAAGCCCUAUCAUCAAGAUUAUCGACUUCGGUUCGGCAUGCGACGAGCGGCAGACUGUGUACACGUACAUCCAGUCAAGAUUUUACCGUUCGCCGGAGGUCUUGUUAGGCCUGCCCUACUCUUCAGCAAUAGACAUGUGGUCGCUCGGCUGUAUCGUCGUUGAGCUCUUCCUCGGCCUGCCACUGUUCCCGGGGUCAUCCGAAUACAACCAGGUCUCACGAAUCGUUGAAAUGCUCGGCAACCCGCCAAACUGGAUGAUCGAGAUGGGCAAGCAAGCGGGCGAAUUCUUCGAGAAGAGACAGGACGAAUUCGGCCGUCGGACAUACCACCUUAAGAGCAUGGAGCAGUACUCGAGAGAACACGGCACUAAAGAACAGCCUAGCAAAAAGUACUUCCAGGCCGAGACAUUGCCUGAGAUCAUCAAGUCCUACCCCAUGCCUCGGAAGAACAUGAAGCCGAUCGAGAUAGAAAGAGAAAUGAACAAUCGGAUCGCCUUCAUCGACUUCGUGAGAGGUCUCCUCACUAUCAACCCCCUGGAAAGGUGGUCACCGCAGCAGGCUAAGCUCCAUCCGUUCAUCACUCAAACCAAGUUCACCGGUCCUUUCGUACCGCCGAUGAACCUCAAGGCAAGCUCACUGAACAGGUCACCGGCGCCUGGAACGCAACAGCAGCAGCAAGCCGAGGCGAUAAGCAAGCAAAGGGCGCAGGCGGCUCAGGCACAAGCCAACACAGCGGCCCAGGGAGCUUACUCCAUGGCCACUGGCCAGUAUGCUUCUUCCAGCCACGGCGCAGGUCCGGCCUACGGCGGAAACAACAUGUAUUCGCCCAGUCAUGCUGGACCGCCUCCUGCAUAUGCUUCGCAGCCGAAUCCAUACAGCCAGGUCGGCAUGAACCCCGCGCAGAUGCCGAACGCGAAUUAUAGUGCAGUAACUCAGCAACCCGGCAUGUACCAGCAAGCGGUGAGACGGCAGCGGGCUUCGACUAUGGAACAGCAACAAAGCGGCAUACCGGCAGCGAUACAAAGGGUCGCCAGCCACCUCGACCCCAACGCGCCCAUUCGGCUGCAGCCGAGCCCUGCAUACUAUCCUCCACCAGCGGACGGAGGUGGCCUUAUAGAUCCGGCUUCUGCACGGGCCGGCGGCAGGAGGGGUAGCCAGGCGCAGAGAGGAGGGGCCAGGAGCAAUCGGGACUUCAUCCGGAACCUGGAAGAGAGAACGCUCGAGGAGGGUUUCGGUCAAAACAACCAUUGGGGCCACUGA